AGAUGGCGACCUUGCACCGUGAGUCUACCAACACUCGGCGCGGGCCCGGUGACAGCGAUCAGCUCUCCCGGUUGGUCGGUAUAACCUUCGUCAACGUUACGACAACAUCCCCCCCGGUGUGUGCCCAUCGAUUCUUCGCAAUCCAAGCAACCUGUUCGGCCGCCAGCUGCAGAGGGAGGACAGAGCAAUGUCACGAGUUCAGGUGGGCGGAGCUGACCUCUGCGAUAACCUUCCCAGCCCGGACGCUCUCACUGCCCAAACCAGAAAUUUCAACGAGACUAACGCGCUCGCAAGCCUCUCCCCCUCCCAAAAGGAAGAGGGAGGAGGGCUCAUCCAACGGACCUCCGUCAACAACAACGGGAAGGAGGAGGAGCAGCAAGGAAAGGAGGGAUACACAACAAGAGGCAGAGAGGAGGAGGAUGAGGAAGAAGACAUUGAUGAGUGGAUGAAGGGCGUAGAAGAGGACGAAGAAUCCGAGGGAUCAAGCGGUCUAAUUCGCUGCCAAUCGCCCGAAACUCCAAUGACUGAUUCCUCGUAUUCAGAGACCGGCAGUCUGUUGGAGACUCCGUAUCCGUUCAGCCCCGGGACCAGUCCCGAGCCUGCCUCUCCCCUCAUUCCAGCGGGUUGCCCAGAAACUGCAGAAAUAAGUCAGAUUGAUGUCAAAGUGGACCCUCAUAACGCGGACUUGGUUGCCACUACUCUAAUUGCGACUUCAGACACCAACCCACCUGGGCCUACAUGUAUCACAGACAAAGUCUCUGCAAAUACGGACGUCACUGCAGGACGUCUUGCUUCAUCCACAGAGUCUGUCUUCAGCUCUGGUCCCACAUGUGUGAGAGGGUUUCCCUCGACAGCAGAGACAUUUACAGUACCUGCUUGCACCGCGAUGCUCAACCCCGCCAUUGCUUCCACUCCUAUGAGUGCAACGGCUAAACCGCUUACCCUCACUGCGUGGCCCGCGACCCCCGGUACGGACUCCACGGCCACCACAGGAGCUAUGACCUCAAAUUGUGACCGCAUUACCUCCACCCCAGUACCCACCGGUGUAGCCACCUGCGCCACAGGGCCUCCUCCACGCCCCGCCCUGCUGGAGUCCCUGGAGGAGUUGGCACAAAGAGGAGAUGACACCCACCUUCCACUGUACCUUCACCAGAUUGCCGAGGCCUUUGUUCUUCACAAAGACUACCAGAGGGCAUUAUGGUGCAUCCAGUUAGAGAGGCUCUAUCACCAGAGAGUGUUGGACAACCUGAAUGCACUACAGCAGCAGUGGGGGAGUCAGUGUAGCAGUUCUUUCUUCGACCCGGCUACCCAACACCUGGACACUCUAAAAAACCUCUGCCGGACGCACAGACGACCGGGACCUAGAGAUGCUGUGUGUGCAUUUCUGGACCUCUUGAGGCCUACAUUUGAAGAAGGUAGUGCAUUGUCGUUGUUUACUUCAGUCCAUCGGGUGGAUGAAGGGAUGGAACAGAAAGCUCCGAACCCCUCGCAUUACCAGAGCAGCCAUGUACCUUCCUUUAAUUUGACCGGUGGGCUUCAUUCCCCUGAGAUCUCAGAGAAGGCCAGGUCAGACCCAGGCAAGGAAGUAGAGGGUGGCGUCUGUUUCCAUGGAGACCAGGUGACUGACAAGCAUAGCGGCCAAAGAGCGGGUGGAGAGGAAGGAGGAGGGGUGGAAUACGCCACUUCAGUCAGAGGAAAUGGACUACACCCCUCUACAGCUGGAAUAAUAGACCAGUCCAAGCCCGCAGAGCCGCAGGGAGGAGAUUUAGGUCCUACUCGGGGAAAGGAGGCAAAGAGGGAGGUGAAGGAGGCAGCCGAGGCUUUGGAGAUGGAAGAUGAGGAAGGGGAAGAUGAGCAGGAGAAGUCAGUAUGUCAGAAAGCUCUCCCAGUUGACACUCUGGCCAGUGGGGCUGAUGUAGAGCUGCACCAUGAAGCCCCAGCUGAGGAGAAGCUGCAUGAGGAGAUCCAGGAGAGCCCUAAAACAUGCCUGCACCAAGAGACCCGCCUUCCCCAAGAGGCUCACACCAAUCAGCAUGAGCAGGAUGAGGAGGUGAAAGAGGGCGAUGAUGAAGAUGACGAGGAGGAGGAGGAGGAAUACAAUGAAGUAGAGCAGGUUGAUGUCAUUAAAGAAGCUUCCUCACUGGAUGACAUGGCUAAACUCAUCACUGUAGAGGAGGUGUCCCCUGCCUCUGGCCUUGUCUCCAUAUUGAAGAAGCGACGCGUUUGUGUCGACACCAUUAGUAUGUCUACCAGCACAGAGACCCAACCUGACAAAAUCCCUGCCAAAAGACGGGUCCGCUUCAAAGCCCCUGAUGAUGGCUACGAUCAGGAUGUUGGCGGUGGAGACUCCUGCCUGCUUCUCUUCCUGCUUUGUCUAGUUACCGUAGUGAUCAGUGUGGGUGGCACCGCUCUCUACUGUGCCCUGGGAGACACCCACUCCUCAGUCUGUCAGGACUUCUCCAGAAAUGCAGACUUCUACAUUGGCCAGUUGCAGAGCGGGAUCGCUCAACUCAGACUCUGGUUUGCUCCCGGGUCAUAGCAGCGUACAGUCUCUUCUUCAUUGUGGAGCCAGAGACCUUAUCGUUCAUCACUGCAGGCUCCAGCGGUCCUCUGCGACUUCCUGGGACAGUGUUCCGUGAGGUAAUGGCGCCAGGCAGCUACUGCAGUCCCUGCCGCUAUGUUCAACAAGUAGCUAUUAUGCUGCCUAAGCAUUUAAAUCCGAUGUUUUUGGCAUUUGUAAGCCUGCUCUACUGCAUUUUUAAAGCUCCUUCAAUCCAAUCCCAGGGUUCAGCCUAAAAGUCAUAGGUCAGUACAACACUCAUUUGAAAAGGAAAGAAGAACAGAGAGCGAGAGAGAGAGAGAAUUGGAGACGUUGUAACAGCAGAGGAAGAAGUGACCUACACUGAUCUCAGCCCCCUACAGAUUGAAACGCUUUAAUUCUCAAGCUAGAAAUUGAUAAAGUGACUAUUGAGUGUGCGAUUGAACGCAGAUAAAUCUCCCGCGACUGGAUACAAGCUUCCACUGACGUCUCCGAGACUCAACUCCCCCUAUUUAAGAAUAAAAACAAAGAAUGCUGCAACCACGCAGAGAUAAAGUCAGCAUAAUGUAUAGUUGGUUAACUGGUGGGCACAGAGAAGCUCUCUCCACACACUGGAAGUGGCUCAAUGGGGAUUUUACAAACCGCUGCACCCCCUGGUGUUGCUUUUUUUCUUGACUUAAAAAAAGAAAUCACAAAUGAAAUUUUAAAAUUAACACGGCAUUCUGUGGUUUUCUACUUAGAAUGAAAUCAUGUCUUAAUCAACCUUUGAAUGAAUGUUUGCAUUUUAAUGUUAAACUUGUGGGGUAUUUGUGUAUUAUCCAAACUUUAGAUGAGUGUCGUGUCGCUGCCCUUUUCUCGACAACGUUUUGCAGUGAGCUUGAGACUAAAAGUCCAAUCUACCCCUUCAUGGUGUUCAAAGAGGUGAACUUAGCUUUGUGUAGCAUAUGCAAAAUGUACAGGAACACAGUGCACCUCUGUAUAUAUUGUCAGUAGAAUGUUUAACAUGUUGCACAUAAGACUGGUACGAUUUUUUUAAAGAUAUUGCAAUAUUUUUACAGUUGUUCAGUCAGUCCUGGACAAAAUUUAGAUUUGACAUGAUUACAUUAUAAACAACAAAUAUCCAUAUGCACAAACCUUUUCAGGGUUAUUGUGACCAACGGUUAUGCUCAGAUAACUUGCAACAGGAAAAUACUCAAAACUUAUGCGGGUCUUGUUAAGUAUGGAAUAUUUCUGUAAAAAAAGAUACAUGAGCAUUGUAUAAUUAGUAAUAAUCAUUCUGUGUACUCUUUGUCAGUAAAGGGCCUCGAUGUCGAUACGAUCAUUUGAGGCUCCGUCUACCUGUCUGUUUGCUGUAUUUGGGAUUAUGGGCAUCACGUCACCUUGUGACAUUCAAUCUUUACCUUUUGGUUGCAACGCAAUCAUUUUUGCCACCACUUGGUCUCUGUAAAGACUCCUCUUGCUUAGCGUUUGCCAUUUCUGUUUAAACUAAUCUAAUGUGUUGCAUCUGUCGAGUCCUGGUUUGAUAGAGAAUGGGUGGAGGACUGAUUUCCUGCUGAGACGGAGAAGAGGCUGUUCUGGAAGGCUGACACUUUGUCUACGAAACCCUUUCUUUAUUCUCACCGCAAUGCUUUAACCUUUAGUUCAAGUCAUUUUAAUGCUUUUUUAAUUUCCUGCUUGAUCUCACUUUUUGCCUCAACAGGCAGAGAUACUUUAUGUGUUAUUUUCUAAGAUUGUGCAAUGUUUGUGGUCCUGUUAAUUAUCUUUCCUCUCGAUGCCAUAAAACUUACCCUAGAAAAUCCACAUAUCUCACAAAAGUCUUAAUUGUCAGGAUGUAAAGACAAACGACUCCAUUAUAGAGGUAAGACUCAAGUGUCUUAAUUAUGCAUUUACAGUAGUUUAAGAUGAUGUUAUCUUCCUCUUACUGUGUGUCGCUUACAAAAACCUGAACUUUUGUUUGAGUUAUGAGGUCUCCUGGGGUGUAAGGUGUAGCAGAUUGAUUCUUGUUUUAAUUUGCACGUCGUCUGGCUGGUUCAGAUGGCCAGAAAACCUCAUAUUUAAUCUUGUAGAUGAUUUCAAUUAUUUAUAAUACGAGAGUUCUCUUGUGCAGGUGGUAAAAAAAAGAAAAGGUUUGUUUUCUGUGCUUGAUUAUUGUCAUUAUACAUCAGAUGUUCAUCUCUUAUUUCACCAUUGUUUUUAAUGAGGCGUUGACGGAGAAUUCUUAUUCUUAUUCUAUAAACUAACUCUUCUGAACAAAACAACAUGGUUGUUUAUUAUUCAUUGAUGUUCCCUUAUGAGGAACUAGUGAGUUUGUUACUUGCUCCAAACAGAUUGCUAAAAUAUUCAGGAUUAUUCCAAUCUUUUGUCCAAUUGUUUUUUUAACAGAACAUUCAGGAAUGAAUGAAUGAAGUAAGUCUUUGUUCUGUGUAUGAAUUAGUGCUGUGUAUCAAUAUUAUUAGCCUGAAAGUUCUUUUAUGAAUAGUUUGAUAGUUUCUUUUUGUUCCUGAAGAUUGUAAUGAGUUUUUGACAACAAGCCAUUGAAACAAAGUUUUUGUCUCCAA